AUGUCUUCAUGUGCUAAACCAUUUGGUUUUACUCAUGAACGGUUUAUGUCAAACUAUAAUCUAACUAUUGGUUCAGGAGAUCUUUCAUAUGAUUUUGAUUUAACAACACUUACUGUAUCUUAUAUUGAUAUAAAUGCUCGUGAUCAUACAAAUGAAAAUUAUUAUUUGAAUAGUUAUGCAUUAGAUUUCUAUCGACACAGUUCUAAACGAUUAUUAAUGUUCGAAAAUGAACUAGAUCGUAGUGAAACUUUUUAA